AAUAUUAAAAAUCUCGAAAAUGCAUUUAGUAAUUUAUCAUUUAAAUAUUAAUAAUAAUGAAUGUAAUUGUUGUUAAAAAAACAAAUCGAUGAAUAGAAAUAUAAAUACGAGUAUCGUUUCAUCAUUUAAAAUUGCCUUUUAUUACUGCUCUUUGACACUUGUCAAUCCCUGUAAUUUGACACAUCAGUUGAGUUUGUUCGAGGUUUGCCUAUUUAACUGCAUUUAAAAGGACUUAACUAAACAUUUUUAUUUUUUCAUAAACUCGUGUAAUCGUGGAGAUAUUACUUUUUAAAUAGCAACCACUUCAUUUUAAUUACUUGCGUAUUUCAGUGAUUUACAAUAAUAGAUUUUGAGAUAUAAAAUAUUUCUGCACAAUAUUUUUUAUUGUUAGUAAUUCAGUUUUAUUUGCUUGAUUUUAACAUCCCGUUUAUUUUUAAUUGUUUUUCCAAGGGUUAAUUUUGUUACCGACUGUAAAAAUGGGCCUAUAAUUGACAAACGGUGCGGGUCAUCGUCUGAAAUGCAAUCCCAAGCUUCCACAGUAUUAGCGGUCUCGUCAGUACACAUCACGUUAUACUUAUGAAGCAAACAAUAAAAUGGUGUCUAAUUAGAAGACUUAAACAGACAGAUAUGCCGCAUUAAAAAAGAACCGACUCCAGCUUGCCGAGAAUGUGAAAACGUGCCACAGUCUGUCAGCCAAUGAAAGUAAUGAGAUAAACAUCCGUUCCUGUUUCGGCUGUACCGAGGGUCAAGUGUUCCAAGGGAGAGUGUAUGUUCUCUUUUUUUGCUCCAAAUUUUGGACAACAAAAAUAGCAUUCAAAAGAAAGAGAUCCCAUUAUGAAACGUCGAGUGAAUGUGUGUUCGUAUCUUUGCGUAUCCAAUAGGAUGCGACGAUCCACCCUUUGCAACAGCGAAGGUUGCUGCGAUGCAUCUCAUCCAACAUCGCAUUUGCUCCCCGAAAGCCGAAAACCACCAGAGGGAACCUUUUUUCCGGGGUUUGUCAUCAAAAAGCAGAAUGUUCGUUACGCAUGAUGCGGCAACCGGAAGUGAAAAUGGUUCACUGAAGGUGCACAGUUCAGUUAAAAUAGGGAGAGAAUAAUGGAUAACAUUUGAAUAAUGGAUCUAUUUUAUUUGCUAGCUUGUCUACGAUACGAUACUGUUAUGUGCUGUGCUGUGCAGGAUCGGAUAUGAUCACAACAACAGAUUAGCAGGCGUAUUGUAGACAAAAAUGUUAUUUAAAUGCUGUCAUACAUAUGGAAUUGCAUUGAGGUUUCCGGUGUAAUAAAUAUCUGUGUUGAAGUUGUUCUUUUUUAUAUGCUUUGAGCUGAGCGCUGACGUGUCGCCCAUAAUUAAGAGUAAUUGAAUCGAUUUUUAUUAAAUUAUCUCUCCAUGUGUGAGUGUGCUUUAGUACAUAUCCAAUAAAUGGAAAAAGAUAAUGGGAAUAUCCAUAAAAUUGAAAUGUCAGCAGUGAUGUCAAUAUGAGGAAGAAGAGUGUCCGAGAUUAUCCGUACCAGCAUCCGUUAAUUGAUUUAUGAGCGACGUCCGUCAGCAACAACGUUCAUGUCCGUAGUCGUCCUGAAGCACUCGAAUGUAUGUGAGAUUGAUUGUGAGAUGGCUUUGGUUUCCAUUUUGUUUUUCCUCCUUUUUCUUCCACCCAACUAUUUUAUGAUCUCAUGUCCAAUUAUUCAGGAGAAAAACGGUUAAGAACAAUAAGGAAAAAAUAUAUACGUGCUUUUGAUUGGAAUUGAAAUACGGUUCUCCCUGGACACACCUUGGAGGCCCCCCCAUAUAUACGUCAUUGUCUCGCGAAUCAUAUACAUAUCGCUCCGAGGUCAAUGGAUCACCGCGAUAGUGUGAUAUUUGUCACUGUCUCGUUGUCGCUCUUGGUACACCAUGGCCUUCUACAGACACGUCUCGUUCUGCGCAGAAUUGUUCUACUAGCAAUUCCGCGGCCUGCUUCGCUGACGAGAAAGAGGGUUAGAACUAUUGGAAUCUCCAAUCAAUUCAGUAGCACUUCUCACACUUUCUCUCCUGAUUCUGAUGCGUACACACACACACACACACACACACACACACACACACUCGCACACAAACACGCGCAUACAGUUGGAAAAUCUUUCCAGGACAUCAAGGAAAGCUACAUAGAUCCGUUUUAGAACCGAGCCAGAGCUCUAGCGUCGGUCGCGUAUUCUCAGACAGCAGGCUGACAGGAAUUCCGGGACAGUAGCGCCAGACGCCAGCCAGACUGCACUUGCGCUUUUCAAGCACACAAAACCAUCCCAUCCGAUGUAUAUAUCUGUGUUCCUAUGUUCUCCCCGCCUAAUAGGAUUGGAAUGUUUUUUUUUUGUUUCUUCUCCGGUGGCGCUGCAUUCUACCGAGUGUGUGGAAACGUUCUCUUCUCACCAGUGUGCAUCUGCACUUGGAGUUGUUUGGACGCUUUUUCUCAACGCCAUCCCAUCGCGAUCGUCGUUGUGCUUGAUAUUGCUUUUAUAAAAGUUUGAAAGUGGAAAAGAAUUGAUGUAAAAAUUCUGAGCAGAGUACUCUGACAGAACAAAAUGACUUCGAGAUUAGAUCGGCUGUUUAUUUUGCUCGAAUCGGGUUCGGCUGCGGUAACGCGCAAGGCUGCGGCAAAGCAGAUCGGCGAAGUACAGAAGCUCCAUCCGCACGAGCUGCACAAUCUGCUUAGCCGCCUGCUGACGUACCUGCACAGCAACAGCUGGGACACACGAAUCGCUGCAUCGCAAGCCGUCCAAGCGAUCCUUACCAAUGUGCCGCAAUGGGAACCGAAGGGACUGCCGGGUGUGAAGCAAGAAACAAAGGAGGAACCACCGGCCGACCAGCUCGAUGAUGAUGAGGAAGAAAAGUCGUGCGAUUCGUCCAGCACGCAUGGUAGUAGCACCCGGAACGGCCACAAUAAUCAUCGCCUUUCGUUCGAUAAUUUUGACCUGAAUGCGGUUCUGUUCAAGGGCGCCCGGUUGAUGGGUUCGGAAGGGACCGAAUUUGAUCCGCUGGACGAGAACGAGAUGGUGGAUUUGCGGGAAAAGCUUGCCCGUCAGCGGGCACUGCUGAACGAGAAGCUUGGCCUUAGCAGUGGGCUCAACAUAGAGGAGCUGGUGACGCUGGAUGAUGUGCGUAACAAUGGUAGUGGAAUGUCCGGCACCCGGGAUCACCAGACCGGUGCGGGUGGUGAACGUUUGGUACCGGUUCAGGAGAUACUGCGAUUGAACCGUGCCGAUUCGGUGGAAGGUUUAAGCUGUCGGGAGAAAAACCGUGCCCGACGGAAGGCACGUCAGCAGCAGCAAGCGUUCCCGAAUCCGAUCGGAGCGGUCAUAGGUGGUGGAGGAGGAACGGGCGGGGGUGGUGUUGUCGUUCCCACAUCAAUUGCUGGAAAUGGUUCAAAUGGGUUGGGAAUCAAUAUGGCGUCAGCAGGCGCUGGUCAGCAAGAAACAACCAUCGGUGAACCUGAUCGAAAGCGAAUUAAAACGGAAAAAGGUGAAAUCGUUACAGCUGCUGGAGCAGCUGGAGGUGGUGGUACUGGGACUAUUACUUCAGGCACCUGGACGGGAGAGGCAGUCCCCGACCUAACAGGAGCAUGGGUCGAUGCCACCGAUUGGCCGUUGGAUUCGUUUUGUUCCAAACUAUUUCUAGAUUUAUUCAGCCCACGGUGGGAAACUCGUCACGGAUCAGCGACGGCUUUGCGCGAGCUGCUUAAAUCACACGCAGACGGUGGCGGUAAAAGUGUGUACAUGGCCAAAGCAGAAAUGGACCGUCAGCAUCAGCUAUGGUUGGAAGACGCCACACUACGUCUGCUGUGCGUUUUGGCUUUGGAUCGUUUUGGAGACUUUGUGUCGGAUCAGGUGGUAGCACCGGUCCGUGAAACGUGUGCCCAGGUGCUUGGUACGGUUCUACGUCAACUACCGUUGCCCAAGGUGCACCAAACCGUUGCCAUACUGCUGACGUUCGUAAAGCAGAAAGAGUGGGAAGUCCGGCACGGUGGUCUGCUCGGCAUCAAGUACAUGCUGGUUGUGCGCGAGGAUCUUAUACAAACGUUCCUGCCCGUCAUCAUUAACGAUGUGCUGACGGGGCUGUUCGAUGCGGUUGAUGAUGUGGGUGCAGUUGCGGCAUCCACCCUAAUUCCGAUCGCUACCUGGCUACCGAAGCUACUCAGCCGGGCGCAAGUAUCACACAUCGUGAAGCUGCUCUGGGAUCUGUUGCUUGACCAGGACGAGCUGGCUUCAGCGUGCAACAGCUUCAUGGGACUGCUCGCAUCCAUUUUAAGCCUACCGUCCGCCUCCAGCUGGAUCCAGAUGGAGCCGAUGUCGAUACUGGUGCCCCGGCUAUGGCCCUUCCUUAGCCACUGCAGCUCUUCCGUGCGGCGUUCCACGUUGCAAACGCUCAAAACACUUACAUCCGUCUCGACCGAAGAGGGAACCAACGGUGGCUCUACCACACCACCGUCUUCCAAUGGGAAAUCGGAACCGGCGGACAGUGCCGUGCUUACCGUACCCGACACGGAAGAGUCGAAGCUGGGGCUUAAUUUCGGUGUAAAGGAUUGGCCACCGCCACUGCUGCAGGAAGCGCUUCGACACAUCUUUCAGCGCGUGCUCGUGGAGCACGUGGAGGAUAUACAAUCGCUCGCGGAGGAUGUGUGGAACAAUCUGGUUGUGAAUGCGGAGCUGUCCGCGCUGCUGCACGCUUCCUGUCCGUACGUUUCCAGCUGGCUUUGUCUCGCUAUGCAACCGGUACGGUUAGCAUUCGAUCCGGGAUCGCUGAUCUACGCCAAACCCAGCCAACAUCAGAGCGGCAGCAACCGGGAACGAAGACCCCGGCAAUUCGAUUCGUUUGACACGGGUGGAGGAGCUGGUGGAUGCGGCGGUGUUGGCCAUUUAUCGUCAUCCUCGUCGUCCGGUUCACUGCAUCAGAAACUUUUCCUCGGCGGUGCCGAAACCGUUCCGCUGGAUGUGCGAGAAAAGAACGUGGUACGGGCACGCUGCAAAGCCGCCCGAAUGAUUGGGUUGCUGUCACGGUACCUCGUGCUGCCGGCACCUGGCGUCACCUACACACCCGAGACGGAGAGUCCCAUCGAUUGCUAUACCAAAGUGCUGAUCGGAUACCUUCAGUCCCGGUCGGCUCUGCAGCGGUUGAUCAGUAGCCUCGUGAUUGCGUACUGGUGUUCGUUCGACACAACGAUUCAGCCGGGUCCUCCGGUGCUGCAGGAACGAUUGCGCGCCUGCCUGAACGAGUACGUCUAUUACGAUGAGGUGGGCAUCUUGUUCACGCGGCUACUGCAGGAGUGCCGUGACUAUAUGGCCACGCUGAAACAGCACAAGGUACAGCUGGCCGAGUACGAACAGCUGAAGGUGUUGACGCUUGAUCAAAUCUACCAAAUAGCGACCGCCAUCGGAUGGUCGGCUGAGGAGAUGCGCACCAAAUACUGCCUCAAACCGAAGGUGGCCGAACUGUUGGAGGAUCGGCGACGAAGUUUGCUUGGUUCGCAUUCCGCCACCGCACUAGAACAGACGACACUGCACAUCAACACGCAGUCGUCGGUGUCCGGUGCCGUCGUCAGCUUGCGUUGUCUUCCGGACCGACUGAAUCCGGUAGUUAAACCAUUGAUGGAAUCGAUCAAGCGCGAAGAGUGUGAACUGCUGCAGAGGCUUUCGGCGAAAUAUUUAAGUGAUCUGCUCGAUCAGGUCAUCGCUAGGACGCCGUGUCCGAACAGUAAGAUUGUCACGAACCUGUGCACACUGCUUAAAAGCGAUCCCGAGUUUACGCCCCGUGUGCUCUGUCCGGACCAGGAACUGCAGCACUUUGAUCCGGCAAAUACGGAAGAGUCCAACCCGUAUCAUGGCAUUCUGACGCUUACUAAGCAGAAUCAGCGCUGCAAAGAAAAUGCUUCCGCUUCGGGUGGAUCCGGUGGUGGAUCGUCCCGUGGACCGGGUAGACCUGCGGCUGCUAGCACCGUUGCAGCCGCACUCGACCUCUCGUCGUCCGCCACGUCGACGAACAGCACCAAUGCAGCACUGGACGAACUGCUGGGUCCGUCCGAAAGUGAAGAAACACAGCGGAAACAUGCACGCACCCAGCGGCUCGGUGCAACGGCAGCCAUUACGACCAUUUGUGCCCAGUUUGGUUCACAGUUGCCACAGAAGUUGCCCAUCGUGUGGGAACUGUUGCUGGACAAAAUACAAUCGCGCGUCGAUGAUGCAUAUAUCGAUCGAUUAGCGCUGGAUGUGAUUGCACAGGAUGAGACGAACGAUUUUAUAACGUCCCUGCAGCUGUUGGAAGUGGCCGCACCGUUUUUGAACGUAUCGCUGCACAAGGAACUUUUCGAGUUGCUGCCAAAGCUAUGCCUUCUGCUUCGCCAUCCACUGAAAGGUGUCCGGCAUAUGGUUGGACGGUGUUUGGCAACGCUGGCAGCGGUUGAUGCGGCAACUGUGAUGACGCUCGUCAUUAACGACGUCGUACCCUUGCUGUCCUGCAUCGAAAGCAUCAUCAAGAGGCAGGGUGCCGCCGAAGCGAUUACCUGCAUCGUUAAUCGACUGCAGUUCGAGAUUGUACCGUACGUGGUGCUGCUGGUUGUGCCACUGUUAGGUCGCAUGAGUGAUCCGGACCAAUCGGUGCGGCUCGUUUCAACGCACUGCUUUGCGACGCUUAUCCAGCUGAUGCCGUUGGAUGGGCUUGCGUCGGACGGUGGUAGCACACGCAACCUUUCCGAGGAUCUUCGCCAGCGCAAAAUGAAGGAUCGCCGAUUUCUGGAGUAUCUGUUCUCACCGAAAACGAUACCCGACUUUGAGAUACCGGUGAAGAUUAAUGCGGAACUGCGCAGUUAUCAGCAAUCGGGUGUAAAUUGGCUGUGGUUUCUGAAUCGCUACAAACUGCACGGCAUCCUGUGCGACGACAUGGGUCUCGGAAAAACGUUGCAAGCGAUCUGCAUUCUCGCGGCGGAUCACCAUCAGCGCAGCCAGGAAGCGAACUGUGCCCAGCUACCGAGCAUUGUCAUCUGUCCACCAACGCUGACCGGCCAUUGGGUGUACGAGGUGGAGAAGUUCCUGCCGAGUCGGUUUCUGCGACCGUUGCAUUACGUCGGUUUGCCAGGAAAUCGGGAACAGCUGCGACAGAAGCUUGGCACGUACAAUCUGAUCGUGGCAUCGUACGACAUCGUGCGGAAGGAUAUUGAGUUUUUCAGCUCGGUACACUGGAACUACUGCAUCCUGGACGAGGGACACAUCAUCAAGAAUGGGCGCACGAAAAGCUCCAAAGCUAUCAAACAGCUGGUAGCGAACCAUCGAUUGAUACUGUCCGGUACGCCCAUCCAGAACAACGUGCUGGAACUGUGGUCACUGUUCGAUUUCCUAAUGCCGGGAUUUCUCGGCACGGAGAAACAAUUCAGCACACGCUUUAGCCGACCGAUACUGGCCAGUCGGGAUCCGAAGAGUUCACCAAAGGAGCAGGAAGCGGGUGCGCUCGCAAUGGAGGCACUGCAUCGGCAGGUACUGCCGUUCCUGCUGCGUCGUGUCAAGGAGGACGUGUUGACUGAUCUACCGCCAAAGAUAACGCAAGAUUUGCUGUGUGAGUUAAGCCCGUUGCAGGAGCGAUUGUACGAGGACUUUAGCCGGAUGCAUCUACAUUCGUCCGACAUACGCGAAUGUUUGGAGAAUAUCGACGGACAGAUGGCGGGACCGGCCAAUAAGAAGACGCACGUGUUCCAAGCACUAAGAUACCUACAAAAUGUGUGCAAUCAUCCAAAGCUGGUACUUUCCCCAUCCCAUCCGGAAUAUCAGAUGAUUGUGGGCGAGUUUACGCGCAACGGUUCAUCCAUGGAUGAUAUUGAACAUUCAGCAAAACUUCCUGUCCUAAAGCAACUACUGCUGGACUGUGGCAUCGGUACCAAUGAGGAUGUGUCGGUGAAUCAACACCGUGCGCUUAUAUUUUGCCAGCUGAAGGCGAUGCUUGACAUCGUCGAAAAUGAUCUCCUGAAGAAGCACCUGCCUGCCGUGUCCUAUUUGCGGCUGGAUGGAAGUGUACCGCCCAGCACGAGACAUCACAUCGUAACCAAGUUUAACGGUGAUCCCAGUAUCGAUGUGUUGCUCUUAACGACACAGGUCGGUGGUCUCGGUUUAAAUCUGACCGGUGCCGAUACCGUCAUCUUCGUCGAGCACGAUUGGAACCCGAUGAAAGACCUGCAAGCGAUGGACCGUGCGCAUCGAAUCGGCCAGAAGAAGGUCGUCAAUGUGUACCGGUUAAUUACGCGCAAAUCGCUGGAGGAGAAAAUUAUGGGCCUGCAAAAGUUUAAGCUGCUUACGGCCAACACGGUCGUCAGUGACGAAAAUGCUUCGAUGGAUACGAUGGGUACGGAGCAGUUGCUCGAUCUGUUCACGCUCGCGGACGACAGUGGUAAGCAGCGUGGUGCUGUUGUUACUGCCGUAUCAUCCGGUUCUGACAGACGUUUGCGUUCAGCGGCGAACAAUAGUGCAACUACUGGUACCGAGCUGGAAGCAAAUGGUAAUAGUGGGACGGCUAUUAAGACAGUUCUGGAAAGCUUACCGGAGCUUUGGGACGAUAGCCAGUACCAUGAGGAGUACGAUCUGUCGCAGUUCCUUGAAGGGUUGAAGAAAAACCGCCAGCAAUAGCUGAAACAACAAACCACUGCUUAACAGCGGGUGGGACACAGCCAUUCUCAACAAAGCGCUACCGAUGGGAAUGCGCAUAUGAUGUGUGUGUAUCUGGUCAUAGCAAGGAAACGGGGAAGAUAACAUCAAAAAAUGGUAAGAUGAUACGGUGAAGAAAAUAUCUACAGUAGAGUAUAGAGAGAGUGAGAGAGAGAGGGAGAGAGGGAGAGACACUCUGGAGUGCUUCUUAUCACAUCUCAUCCAAAUGUGCGUUCAUGUUAGCUAAGUUAUACUGUUUUCUUUUUAUCGUUUUCCACUAUCGCUAAAGCUAUCGUCCUAACAUUUUAUUUCUAAUAUUCCAUCCCAAUAAACAAAUGAAAAAGGAGCAGAUCGUUUUUAGAAUUGUGGAAUGGAAGAAGAAAUUGUAAAACUAUAUUUUACUAUCUAUUCUUAAGCUCUUACUGUACAACACACUAGUUGCCACUGCAUGUCGUACAUUUGUAAGUUUCCCCGCGCAAUGGGAAGAACUGGAAAUUAUGUAUUUAAAUACCUAGAAUAAAGCGUGAGUUUCGUGAGUAUAAA